AUCGCAGCAGACGGUCCAGUCUCCUUCCUCGCUCACCAGUUGCCCCGACGACGACCCGGCAAAAGUGCUUGGCACCUUUUUCAUCUAUCUUUUUGACUGCAUGUGUUCGAAUAUUUUUGUACAAAAAAUAAAUAGAAAUAUAAAGUAAAAGACAUGCCUGUGAAAUAAUAAUUAAGUUUUGGUGUAAAUAAAAUGUGGCUGUUCGGAAUUGGGAGAAAGCAGGACAGCAGCACGAGUCAACCUGUCCAACGUGAAAUUUCUAUCCGGACCAGAGACGGGAUUGACGAGCAAGGCGAAUCCGUGACCUUAUUGGGGGAGACGAGAAGUAAUGGUUAUGUGACCACUACAACUACCACUUCGAGACUUGUUUCGUCAUUCAGACAAACUCUGAACAAUUCCUUUUCGGGGUUUCUAUUCCGUGGGGACAGCUCUUCCGCAGGCGGAAGGGGAUGGUCUCUUCCUGAUGAUGAAAGUGUUUUGGGUGGAAAUGAUGGGAACUUAAAUGACGAUGGUGCCAACCAGGAGGAUGAAGAUAAUUCGGACUCUGAUUCAAAAUCUACGAGUUCUUCGUUGUCCGGGACGAAAAACAGUGGGAAUCGGGAAGGAACUAAUAAUGGGAGAAUUAGAAAUAGAUCUUAUUUGUCGUAUAAUCGAGAACCGUUGGAUGUUCGAGUAUGGUCCAGCGUCACCAGUCCCGGAUUUACGAGCAGAGCGGUGCAACAAGCCAACGGAAACGGAGUGGAGGACGUGGCUUCAAAAAAUCUGAGAACGUUUACUGGAGGUCCAACCAUCAACCGAGCCUCAAUGAACAGAUCGCCAAACUUAAGCCUGCGAUUGGGAGAACUACCGACUUCAACCUCGCCAAGAAGGAAGACAUCUGCCAUGAUCAAUUUCCCGUCGCCGAAUAAAAGCAGUUUUUCUUUCAAUCGAUUCUCCCGAGUUCAUAAAAGGGACGUGAAUGGAGCCGGGACUAUUUUCGUCAAGCUAGCCCCCGUCGAUUUAAAAGGGCUUCCCGUUGCUCCUAUCCAAAAUAGUGGCCUCUAUUCCUACAAUAAUUAUUUCGAUUGGGAUGACCAGCAGCAAUACGGUAGUUACGGUCCCUCAAUGGGAAUACUAGGAGGAGAAAUUCGUUCAAAUUCCCCUACAUCGCCUGGGUUAGGUGGGAUUCCCUUAGCACAAAGGUUUAGUCGGCUUGGGUGGCCUGAUAAAUAUCCUUAUCCAGGAACAAGUAACGGACCUGAACCACCUUCAACUGGAUAUAUGGGAACGUAUCCUAUACAUCCUAGUAUUCUUGAUGCUGGUGUUAUGCACAAUCGAAAGAGGGGUCGAGAUCUUGACGGCAGCGUUCAUUCUUCUACAAUAGCAGACCCAAUUGAUAAUCGGGCCGGACCUUCAAAUUCAACUCCAAAAUCCUUCACGAGUUCUGGAAACCAAAAUAAGUUUACAAAAAAAGUAAAAUACUUGACCGGGCAAGACAUUGGGCAUCCCUCGAAUCGCUUCUUCUUAAAUUAUGACGUAUACCGCGAUCCGCCUACUGGAAAUAACCUCAUGACUUCGAAAUCCAUCCUGGAACAAACGAAUCAAAAAGAGAAGCGCUUUUUUCCUGACGUCAGUCCAAUAACGUCGGCUGCAAAGAGGACAAAGUUAUCCACCAACACCCCAUUGAGUGGAAUUCGUAAAAGGAAAGUGGGUGAAAACGGGAUCAGCAUAGUAGAAGUAGAAGAUAACGAAACUGCUCAAGAUCCUAAAUCGAAAACUGGGAAAUUUUGUCAUUGUAACGAGUGCUAUGCGGAAGCGGCUGGAAUUUCCACGCAGAAUAAUAAUGUUAUACUUGCAUCCCCACCAAAAUCGUCAGCUCAACUGCCAAGAAAGACUGUAACUUUUGAAGCGUCUCCUUCUUCUAAAAUGAAUACUUCUUCCGUUCUCCCGACUUAUGACCACAUGGAGAUGACCACGCCGGAAAUUAUUAUACGUAGGGCUACCCAGCCGACACUCAUUACAAAGGAGAAGUAUGAUUAUGAUCGAAAAAAACGUAUUGAAAGAUUUAAGCGAAUUUUGGGAUUAGAACCGACUAAACCAGCAGAAGACGAUCAACAACCUAUGGAUGAGAUGGACGGCAAUGCUAAUAAAAUUUCACCGCUGCCAACCCUGGAAGCUAUUCCACCUACACCUGCGACAUCCACGAUUUCAUUGUCGCAACUAGUCACAGGAGCCACGACCACAUUAACUUAUACAGCCAGCAAUAAUGAUUAUGCAUCAUCGUCUACCAUCGUCAGCGAAGCGCCCAAGGUCACAUUUGGUGCAGCAAAUUUAAUCCCGGCUUCUAACUCGGUUGGCGGGACAUCAGCGGAUGCUUUUGAUGCCAAAUCAAUCCAAUUUAUACAGCCAAAACUCGACACAAAGACUACAGAGUUGAUAAAAAAUGAAGGCACUGGAGGAUUCAGUUUUGGGUCACAGGCAACGACUACCGUUGCAGAACAAUCCACAAUGCCCCCUCUUCCCGGAUCUGCGCCAGCAGGCACUAUUAGUCUUGGAGGAUUCUCUUCCACUCCGACGACAACAUCAGCGCCGGCAACUACUAACAAUAAUAGUUUUGGCGGAUUCUCGUCUGCUGUACCAACAACAUCGGCGCCUACGUCAGUGUUUGGAAGUGGAACGGAAUUUGGUGCUGCAGCUCCAACAACAACGACAACUGCAUCCUUUGGUGGUAGUAGCGCAAACGCCGCACCACUUCUCACGUUUGGAAAUAAUAAUCAAAAUCAAGUCCAGGCGUCUACCGCGGUGACGACGACAAGUGGGUUCAAUUUUGGUCAAUCUACGACAAUUACCACCACUACAAGCGCACCAUCCAGCUCGGCAUUUUCUUUGGGUGGGGGACAAAAUAGCAUCAAUAGCAUUACACCAUCCAAUAUAUUGGAAUCGUUGACCCCCUCAUCGUCAAAUACUACAACAAACAACAACAAUAUUUCUGGAUUUGGCAGUUCCACUUUUUCCUCAUCUGUCCCAGCCUUCGGAUUAUCUGCACCAAACCCAAUUUCACAACCAUUUGGUGGGGGAAACUCGACUACUACUACUACGUUAGCAUUUGGCUCAUCAGCAGCAACGAAUUCCAACUCGGGUUUCGGUGCCGUAGCCCCACAAGCAACAACGCCGUACCAGUUUGGGCAAACUCAAUCUCAGCCCGCAUCAGCCAAUGGAGGUUUUAACUUUGAACCAGUUGCUUCUGCAGGAGAGCAACAACCCCCUGCCUUCCAAUUUGGAGGAAUGCCUCAAGCCAGUGCAGAUCAACAACCCGCACAACAAUUCACAACGCCCAGCAUUUUCGGCUCUGCGCCGGCAGCUACCAAUAACAACGCUAGUUUGGGUGGAUUCUCGUCUGCUCCGACUUCGACAACAACCUCAGCACCUCCUGCAUUUGGAUCCACUACGCCCAUGUUUGGAAGUGGGGGAGGAUCAAUUUUUGGUUCGACAGCUUCACCUGCAUCGAUAAAUCCAUCAUCCUCCGUGUUUGGCAGUGUUAAUACGACGACUGGCGGGUUUGGAGAUGCCAAUCAAAUCCAGACUACAAGCCUUCCAACGACUGGUGGGUUCAAUUUUGGUCAAUCUGCUGCCACUAGUAGUGGACCAUCGUUUCCUUUAGGAGUGACAAAUCCUAUAGCGAACAAUAACAACACUUCUGGAUUUGGGUUUCCCUCAUCUGUCCCAGCCUUUGGAUUACCUGCAUCAAGCCCAAUUUCACAGACAUUCGGUGGUGGUGGAAACUUGACCACUCCCACUCCCGCAUUUGGCACUUCAGCAGCAACAAAUACCAGCUCAGCGGCAACCCCACAAAUAGCAACGCCGUUCCCAUUCGGGCAAGCGCAACCUCAGUCUGCAGCCAAUGGAGGUUUUAACUUUGAAUCGGCUACUGCAGGAACGCAGCAACCUCCUGUUUCCCAAUUCGGAGGAGCACCUCAAGCAGCCGGUGUGGGACUUUCUGGGGGAUUCAACUUUGCAUCACAAGCAGCAUCAACAACUCCAACGGCUCCUUCUCCUGGUGGAAAUAUGUUCAACCUUGGACAAGCAACAGCACAACCAAGACGAAGACCCGUGCAGCGACGAUAUCGUUAAAAUCGUACAAUCUCCCUUACACCAUAACGAUUGAUGACAAAUUUGAUGAAAAACAGGAUCAUGAAAAUCAGAAUAUUGGAAUGAAUAAGUACAUGCGUUGCGUCAGUACCAAUAGAAUUUACUCUGUACACCAAGCCAUACAAAAAUCAAACUAAUUUUGACUAAUUUUGUACUCUAUAAAUCUGAAUUGUCUAGAUUAUCCAAAACGAUUAUUUUAUAACAAUCUUCGUGUCCUUGAGCGUCGUUGUGAGAUGAAUGAGCUCGAUAAAUUUGAUAGUAUAAAGUUUCUGAGAAGGUGGGAGCACGAAUUAAAUAAUAAAAACAGCUACGAAUCAAGUAAUAUAUUGUACACAUUUACAUGUAUGUGUGUAACUAGAAAUAUACAUAGGUAUAUUAAUAUUAGUAUAAUACUACAUUAUUACGUCAUUGGUGUAAAAUAUUUCGCUAUGGUGGAAUGUGAAUCAUUGUGAUAUUAAUCUCGCAUAAUCGCCAAAGCUUUAUACAUACAUAUAUAUUUACUCGCAGUCGCUAAAAAAUGUAUUUCCACCAUAUGCUGAAAUAUUUUGUUCCAAGUGGACUAAGAAACGGAACCUAGUGAAUAGUGAUUAAGAGAUUUCUACUAAACAUACAUAAAUACAAACCAUAAAUUAUUUGAUUACUUAUCCUUAGCUUAAAAAAAUGCUUUAUCAUGGCUUGUUCAGUUUUUUCAAGAAUUUCCGAGUUCAAAACUUGAAUUAAAUUACUUUCAACAGUGUAAUCUGUUGUUUUGCUUUUUGUGAUGUAUGACUUAUUUACAAUCUACCCCGUGUAAACAUGUCGGUUAGAUUUGUUCUCAAUUGAUAGAAUAUAUUUGAUAAUUGUUUUGUUUAUCAUGUUUUAAAUCAAUCCCUUAAUUCCCUUUAUAAUCCAUUCUACAUAUAUUUAUAAUUGUUACUAAAAACAAUGAAUGAAAUGAAACGAAAGAACGGUGCCUUUAAUUUAUUCGCACGUGUACUUCCUCCUAUUUGUAUCUCUUAUUUGUAUUUAAGAAAAAGUCAAAGCAGUCGUGAAUUACUCUUAAUAAAAAAGUAAUUAUGGUUGCCUUUGUACAAAUUUGAAA